CCCCUCCAGGUACUGAAGUUUUCGGACCAGGUUAAGCACAAAUCGAGGCCCGCACACCACAGCCGCAGCAGGUGCUGUGUGGUUCAGAGAUGUGCCCCUGAGGACCCCCACCCAGUGAUUGCAGCUCAUCCCAACCCCACCCAGACCUGGCCCUGGAGGCUCAGAAAACUUGUUCUCCAGGCCAGCAGGAAGACCAAGAAGAAGGAAGGGGGGGCCUUGCGGGCCCAGAGGGCAUCAUCCAAUGUCUUCUCCAACUUUGAGCAGACCCAGAUCCAGGAGUUCAAGGAGGCGUUCACACUAAUGGACCAGAACCGAGACGGCUUCAUUGACAAGGAGGACCUGAAGGACACCUACGCCUCCCCGGAUAUGUGCCCCAGGGGCAGAACUCCACCACAGCACCCCGACUCCCCCGCCCUCCGGCUCCCAGGAGUGUCCUCGCUCUGGUCCUCGGCCGUCAAGCCUGACCUGACUUCCCGUGGGCUCGGAGGAGGAGGCAAAACCAACGUCAAGGACGAGGAGCUGGACGCCAUGCUCAAGGAGGCCUCGGGGCCCAUCAACUUCACCAUGUUCCUGAACAUGUUCGGGGAGAAGCUGAGCGGCACGGAUGCCGAGGAGACCAUCCUCAACGCGUUCAAGAUGCUCGACUCCGACGGCAAAGGCAGCAUCAACAAGGACUACAUCAGGCGGCUGCUCAUGUCCCAGGCCGACAGGAUGACUGCUGAGGAGGUUGACCAGAUGUUCCAGUUCUCCACCAUCGACAGUGCAGGCAACCUGGAUUACAAGGCACUGAGCUACGUGCUCACCCACGGGAAGGAGAAGGAGUGAGGGGCACCCCUACCACACUGGGCCGUGGCCAGUUCAA